AAAAACAGUUGACGAAAAAAUUGUACAAGUGCAUUUGUUUUUUGAUUGAAAAUUUUUUACACGUUGCAGUGUAUUUGUAAUGUAUAAAUGUGUUGAUUUGAUAGAAAUUUAUUGAUCAAACAAAUAUCAAGUGAAUCUCAAUUCUCUUUGUUUUUUUCAUCAUUAUAAAUCAAAAAAAUUAAUAAUAAUUUAACGUACAAGUGAUAUUAUUAUAAUGGAUAGACUUGACAAACCUCAAAUAAUUUGUCAUAUUGAAAAAUCAGUUGAUUAUUCAUUAUUUGAUACAAAAUGGAUACCAUGUAGUGCAAAAUUUAUUGUUCUGGGUUCAAAACCUCGUGGUACUGGAAUAAUACAAAUUUACGAAGUAUGUAGUGGUGAACUUAAACAUAUUAAGUCAAUUGAAUCAUCAAAUUCAUUAAAAUGUGGUACUUUUAAAGCUUCCUCAUUGCGUGAUAGGUUUUUAGCAACUGGUGAUUUUAAGGGUAAAUUGACAAUUUAUGAUUUGGAAAAUUCAUCAAUACCAAUUUAUUCUGUAAAUGCACAUAAAGAAAUAAUAAAUGCAAUUGAUGGUAUUGGAGGACAAUGUGUUGGUUUUGGAGCACCUGAAAUAGUAACUGGUUCACGUGAUGGUAGUGUUAAAGUUUGGGAUCCAAGACAAAAUUCACAACCAGUUGCUGUUAUGGAAUCAAAAGAUGGUGAUGCUAAACGUGAUUGUUGGGCUGUUGCAUUUGGUAAUUCAUAUAAUUCAGAUGAACGUAUUGUUGUUGCUGGUUAUGAUAAUGGAGAUGUUAAAAUGUUUGAUCUUAAAACAAUGUCAUUAAGAUGGGAGAGUAAUGUUAAUAAUGGUGUUUGUGAUAUUGAAUUUGAUAGAAAUGAUAUUCAAAUGAAUAAACUUGUUGUUACAACAUUGGAAUCAAAAUUUUUUGUAUUUGAUUUAAGAACUCAACAUCCAAAAAAAGGUUUUGCAUAUUUAACAGAAAAGGCACAUAAAUCAACAAUUUGGUUGGUCAAACAUCUUCCUCAAAAUCGUGAAAUUUUUAUGACAUGUGGUGGUGCUGGAACAAUAUGUCUUUGGAAAUAUCUUUAUCCAAAUAAGAGAAGACAAACAGAUGCUGAUGGAAUUGAUCAAGGUGUCAUUGGAUCAUUGGAAUUAUUACAAACAAAUACAUUAUCAACACAACCAGUUAAUUCUCUUGAUUGGUGUCCAGAUAAACAGGGACUUGCUGUAUGCACUGCAUUUGAUCAGUGUCUUAGAAUAAUUAUCACAACAAAACUAAAACUUUAUUAAAUUUUAAUUUAAUUAUUUUAAAAAUUAAUUUAAUUAUAAUUAAUAUAUAUAGUUUAAUAUUUUUUAAUAUUAAAAUAGC